AUGGGGCGAUCCCCGUGCUGCGAAAAGAUUGGCCUCAAGAAGGGGCCGUGGACUCCCGAGGAAGACCAGAAGCUCCUCGCGUACAUUGAAGAACACGGCCACGGCUGCUGGCGCUCUCUGCCGUCCAAGGCUGGUACUAUUCUUUCCUCUGCCAAACCCUAGGCCCCAGCAAUUGUGACCUGCUUUCUAAUUGCCGUGGGGGUUGCUGUGGCUGCGUGCGUGGGUGAUCAACAGGACUGCAGAGGUGUGGGAAGAGCUGCAGGCUCAGGUGGACUAAUUAUCUCAGACCGGAUAUCAAGAGGGGCAAGUUCAGCGUGCAGGAGGAGCAGACCAUCAUUCAACUCCAUGCCCUGCUGGGAAACAGGUUCUUCUACCGUUACCUUUCUUUCUUCAUUCAUAUGUAGACACACACACACACACGAUCCUCUGGCCAACGACGGCCUCAAUUCUGCGGCCGCGAUCAUGUCGCCCUCUGUGGGUCCUUCUUCUGGUAGUAUCCACCCAGUCGGAACUAUCAAGCUAGUCCCACCGCUCGUUCAGAUUCAAUUCACCGAAAGUCGAAAUGCCCAUCUCGAUCGGUACAGAAGAGCAGGAUCUUCGAUUUCUCGGCCGUCCUCCAGAAAUCGUAGACAGCAAACUGAUCUCUCCCCUCUGAAUUUGAAGACUCGGACAAAAUGUCUUCACUAAUUUGGGGAAACAAAACAAUUACCCUGCUAUUAGCUCUACUUCCCACGAUACAGUGCUCCGACGAGGCGUCAGACAGUCCCCACCGACGAGUACUGGUGGCGGUCGUAGGCGCGGCCCUGCAUGCAACCCACCUUCCCCAUCCUCGCCAUGUUCCAUUUCCCAUCCCUGGAGACGAGGGGCAUAGGGAAAAGCCACCGGAGGGAAAGAGGAGGAAGAGGAGAGAUCCUCCCGUCCGUUUGGUUGUUCUGAUCUCGUUCCUCGUUGCAGGUGGUCUGCCAUCGCGUCUCAUCUGCCAAAGAGGACGGACAACGAGAUCAAGAACUUCUGGAACACCCACCUGAAGAAGCGUCUGGCCAAGAUGGGCAUCGACCCAGUGACGCACAAGCCUAGAUGCGACGCCCUCUCUCCCGCCGACAGCCACGUCACCAAGGCCUCCGCCAGUCUCAGCCACAUGGCGCAGUGGGAGAGCGCCCGCCUCGAGGCCGAGGCGAGACUUGUCCGUGAGGCCAAGCUCCUCUGCUUCGCCUCCUCCUCCGCCGUCUCCCUAGGCGCUUCAUCGGUCUCCUCCGCCGCCGCCGCCGCCUCGCCGUUUCAGCUGCAACUGUUGGGCUCGGACUCAUCAUCAUCACACGUCGAUCUACAUAAUGAGUCGGCGGCGUCCUCGGCUCCGGCGCCACCGCCGUGCUUCGACGUUCUCAGAGCAUGGCAGGACAUCUGGAGGAGGGGGUCCACGAGGGGCCGAGGAGAGGGCCAAAGCAGCCGAGAUGGUAAGAUCGACCUCGAGUCACCCACCUCUACGUUGACCUUCUCGGAGGCUGUUAUCCCAGAGGGGGCGAUGGGUCUCGGAUCCCAACACAACUCAUCCUCGAUCGCCUACCGAUGUGGCGGAGAAGGGGACGUGGAAGAGGAGGAAGAGGUCGACUGGAAGUGCUUCCCCAAGCCAAUGCAGCUCUUCUUCGGCUCGCGAGAGAGGACCACCGACGGCUUCGCGGCAGCAACCUUCCCAGUCGACUCAUCGCCGCUCUUCGGAACCGACAGCGUCGCUUCGUGGCUGCACGAGUCGGUGAAGAUCGGCUCGGGAUCAACGGCGGCGUCUACCAUCGCCCACUUCGGCGACGGCUUCACGGAGAUGUUGCUCAACAACGCCGACGAGCACAGCUCGCCCGAGGACGCUGGCGGGUGCACUCACGAGCUGGCCGACGCGGGAAAGCCAAACAGCGAGAACGAGGAGAGCAGGAGCUACUGGAACGGCAUAUUCAACCUUGUCACGUCGUCGUCCGCUUCGAACUCGUCCGACUGCGUCUUAGUAUAG